AAUGCUAGGAUAGUCGAGGCCGCCAACAACGUCGAAACAUCAGAGCGCGAAUCGCGCCGCCUCGUCAGUCAGGCAGAGGGUCGGGUUCGUGAGCUUGAGGUGGAGCUCGAGCAAGAGGCCAAAAAGUCACGGGACCUCCUUGCCAACUACAGAAAAACCGAACGAAUUGCCAAAGAGACGGUUCAGGCUCACGAAGAAGAGAAGCGCCUGGUGGUUGAACUACGCGAUGUGCUGGACAGAAACCAGGCCAAGAUGCGCCAACUACGAAGGCAACUAGAAGAGGCCGUAAGUGUCAAGAAUCGCUGA